CGUAAUAGUGAUACGCUUUCAACGUGCGUUUAAGCGCUUCGGAGAAAAGGGCACCGGGAACGGCUCUGCGCCUGUGCGUUAUUAAUACCCACCACAGGCCGUCGUUAAUCUUUCAUUUCAGGGCUUAGAGCAGAGCUGGGAUCUGGUUUGCCACUUUUUUGAGGGAGAAGCGAUAUGGCGGCUGUUUCUACGAUUUCAGGCUCUGCAGGUUUCUUUAUCGGAAGACAAGGCAAUGUGACACUGGCGCAUUUCACUGUAACCAUGCCGCAUGCUUAGCAAGCUGUCAUGGCAAUCCGAUUAUUUGUAAUGAAAUAUUCUUGAUUGUGGACCGGGUUGGAGAGAAAGAAAGUGAUCUUAUUCUUACUGGUAUCAAAUAAUGAAUUCUGGUGGUUUCCCCUUUCCUUUUUCUAAAAUAUUCAUAACCAGUCAUUGAUAUGUAAUGUUCAGGUGGAACAAAAGAAAAGGAAAAUAAUGCUAUCACCUCCCGUUCCCAUUGGAAUAAAUUUGCUGAUCAGACUUCUUGCAUCUUGAGUUACUGUACAUGUUAUAAGACCCAACCUACAUAAUGUUCAUGCAAACCUACAUGUCCACUGAUUUUCAUUAAAUACAUAUACAUGUAGCCCUUUUAAACAUUACCAAUAUAUUCAAAAAAUGAUUUACAGCAGGGAUGAAUACAUUUCCUGUAUCAUCAGAAAUUUAACAAUCAAUCUACAGACAGAAGAUCAAUUUACAUUUUUGCUUACAAAUGCCCAGUUUUGUUGUGCCCAGCCAUAAACUUCCUUUUAAGUCAGACUUUGAUAAUAAAGCGGUCAAUGUAUCAUUUCUUUCAAGGAAUACUGACCUAAAUACCUACGCAUGCUAAUUUUGAAUAUUUUUUCUGCUUUUACAUCUAUUUUGCUGUGCUAAGUUUUUACACAACUACCUAAGCAAAUUUUGAAGCAUUUCUUUUUUUUUUUGUGUAUUUUCUAUGCAGAACUCUAUUCGACACAACUUGUCCCUUCACAGCCGAUUUGUCCGGGUGCAGAACGAAGGUACAGGAAAGAGCUCCUGGUGGAUGAUCAACCCCGAUGCCAAACCAGGCAAGUCAUCGAGGAGAAGAGCGUCCAGCAUGGACACCACAAACUCCAAGUUUGAGAGGAAGCGAGGGAGAGUCAAGAAGAAGGUCCUGGAGGAACGCGCAAAGUGGGGAAACACAAGUCCCACGCCAAAGUUAGAAGGAGAGGAAGGUGCCAGCCCGUUACCGUUCAACUUGGGAACGACAGAUUUCAGGUCGCGAGCCAGCUCAAACGCGAGUAGUUGUGGCCGUCUAUCCCCGAUUAUGACCACGCACCCAGAAAUUGACAUGCAUGACAAUGAAGUCCCACCUAUGUCACCGAUUCCCUUCCAAGAUCAGUCAUACGAUAGUCCAGACCCCUACCAGUCAACAGAUCAGCUAGCAAAACUAGCCAAAGCAAUGACCCUUGAUUCAAGUCUUAGUGUAGAACCCGCGAUCCGCCACUCACACAACAGCGGCGGGUAUUUGUUCUCUCCACAAAGCUACAGUGGUUCCGAUAUGUCUCCUGUACAUAGUAACAGCCCCUAUUACUCGCAACAGGGCACCCCAGCUGUAAGUCCUCUAGGUCAGUGUUCCCCGAUGCAGGAGCUGCCACCCAGUCAGUAUGGCAUGCGACAGAGCUUCACAAAUUUGAUGCAUGAAAAUAGCGAUGCCAUCAUCCCUCAGGACCCCAUGUUCUCGCAGUCCGCCAUCUUGCGCCAGCAGCAGUCGCCGCGGCCCAUGCCGAGCUGUCGCGAGGAGAGCAUGAUCCAGCACACGUCGCCUCACAGGCUGAUGCCUUCCGGGAACCAAGGCAGCAACCUGGCCAUGCUGCUGAACAACGGCCACAACACUCACACCAACAGCCACCACCAUCCGCUCCCGUACCCCAACGGCGGAACCCCUCAACACCUUCCUCACAUGCCUGGCCACAUUCAUCACCACCAUCCCGGGAUGGGACAUGUGGAUAGAUUCCCCAGUGACCUGGAGAGCGUGCAAGUGGACCCUCUCAAGGGUUGGGAUCUUGAUGUGGAAACCAUCCUGCGGAAUGAGCAGGACUUGACAGAAGGACCUGAAGCCAGCUUUGAUAACAUAGGAACGAUGGGAACUACAGCAACGACCAUGGCUGCUCCAAGCUGGGUUCAUUAAAUGGUAAGACCAACUUUUUCUUUAAUAUCUUUCAUUGUAUAUCUUUUACUUAAUCACAUACCCUUCAAGUUUGUCUUGAAGAAUGUCUUCCACUUCUUGUUGAAUGUUUUCCACUUAUAAAUCAUUAAGAUUCAAUCUAAUCUUUGAUCAAAUUACUGGACUGAAAAAAUACAUUGUCCUUUCAAUCAUGACUGAAUGUUUCAGGUACCGCUUCCUGGUGUAGGAGUAGAAAUACUUGUACUGGACAAGAGCUAAUCAUGCUUCUUAAAAUGUCAUCAUAACCACCGUUGCUUUUCCGCGAGCAACACCUUGUCAUCAAGUUCUCUUGAUUUUAUAUACUGUAAGCGAUGCAGAACCUUUCAAGGUGAAAUAUUCCCCUCAGGAGCUACCACUUCUAGUGAGUGAGGGAUCCUUGUUGAUUCUAAUAUCCAAUAAAGGAGCUAGUUUCCAACACCUUUGGACAUAAAGGGAUUUUCCCCAAAUGCUCAUUUGUAAGAAAUAUGCAAGCAUAGUGAUAGGUCUGCAAAGGAUUCAAUGGAAAAGAAGACUCUUGGCUUGAAAGUACCUCAAUGGAUGUGAUCAUUGAUGUGUUAAAGCUGCGUUGGUAUUUCUUUCUUCCAACCAAGUAGAAUGCAAACUGUAUUCAUAACUUUGCUUCUCCUAGAUAGUCUUCAAACGCCUAUUAUGUGAUGGUGUGCACAUCAUACAGACCGCCUUUGGAAGAAGGGUAUGGUAUACGUUUGGAUAGUUUAUCUAAUACAAUUCAAAAUUGUGAAUUUAAAAUACAAAUUACAUUCAAUUUUUCAAAUUUAAAUCAAAUUCAGAUCUAAAUAUCUACUCCUUGUCAAUUAUACUUCUUUACCAAAUGGUGAAUUUCAGAUACAAAUUCAAAUUCAAAUUCGGUCAAAUUCGGAUCUAACCUCAUACCAAUUCCAAAUGAAAAAAAGACAAAAUUCAAAUAAAAAUCCUUUUUCAUAUUCAAAAUGCACAUUCUACAUGUAAUUCAAAAUCAUCAAUAUAAAAAAAAAAUGAUAAAGCGACCUGGCAAAGGCAAAAUUGAGUUCGUCUGUCCUAUACUACUCGAGAAAAUUACUCAAAUUUAAUGCAUUAGAAAAUGUAAUGAAGAGAUCUAUAGGCCUAAGCUGAAGAUAUUGGAUGACGACUCGAGAUAUUAGGACAAUCUGAAGGCAAUUUACUGAAUACUCGUAUGGGAGGGUAAUAGUUUAUUCUUUUCUAGAUCUUAACUGACAAUAUACAUCUAUCAAUAGGUGGGCGUAUUCUGUGGGUGAAUUAGCAUUGGAAAGUUCUUUUUAUUUUUUAUAAGAACUGUGAAUUAAACUUGAAAAGCCUUGAAAUAGAAUAAUAAUGCAUGCAAUGGGACAUGCUGUAUUCUGUGGGCGAUCUCUAGCAUUGGAUUUAAAAAUAAAAAUAAAAACCUUGAAUUGAAGUUGAAUCUACUUAUAUAUUUAAAGAUUAAAAAAAACCAACAGGAUAAUGUUUCUUGAGAAGGGAUCUGCUAGAUUCUGGCACUCAAGAUAUAAUCAAAUUGAAGCGAAAUAAUGAUAUUGUAACAGACAUUUUUUGCGUACCUUGAAUUGUAGUUUUAUUCUGAGCCCUCUGGAUCCCCUUUAAAGCUCUCGGAGAGCAUAGCCAGGUCAGUGAAUUUGGAGUGCACUUGCACGGCGGCGAGAAGUGAGCCACCACUUGAUUUUCCAUUCAUGUAUUCUCACCAACUCCUCAACCCAAUUU